CAAAGGUGGUCACGACUGUCUCCAUAGCAACGUAGCGACCUCUCCACAGGUCGUUCACUUUUACAGUUUGGUCCUUCAGGAACGCGAGUGAAGUGAACGAUGGCCAGUCUAGUCUGUUUAGUUGGCCAAAUUUGAAGUGGGAGUGUGCCGAGCACACUUGAGCUGGCCAAAACAGCUGGAGGAAGAGAGAGAGGGCGAGGGCAGAUUUUGGACGCUCAAAACUAAACUGAAAGCAAAGCAGAAACGAGAGCAAGAUGGGAUUUGACUGAGCGCUUGUGUUUUUGCUGACUCUUUGUAACCGAAUAUGAUUAUUAAAAUGACUUUGUAAGUGCGCUGCUGUGGAUUAUAGACAGCAGAAGGACGAAGGGAGCCACCACAAUGCUCCACUGACUCUCUGUUUCAACCAUGGAGGAUGCGGUAACCUCUGAGGAUGCUGAACCCCUGCCUGCCGCCUCCCAAAACACUGACAUCCACCUCAGGAAGCCAGAGGAUGAGUGUCCUUCCAGCGGCAGCCUGGAGCCCAGCUCCCCGUCCUCGCCUUUCACUCAGCAAGCUCAAGGCCCUGCCGUAUCAGCGCUGCAGUCCAAGGUCAAGGCUCUCUCUGAACGCAGAGUUGUCUGGAAAGAACCUGGAAGUAAGAACCAGGACAAACGAGUGGUUCCCGGGACCUUCAUACUGGGAUACGCCCUCACGGACGCUUGGGCCUCCAGCAGCAGUGAUGAAGACGGGGAACCUCGCAAACCUCUGAUGUUCCUUGCAGGAGACCACAAGCCUCAGGUAGAACUCAACUAUGAUCCUGUCUCUUCCGAAGCCUUGUUGGCAGUUCCACGCGGCCUUGGAGAAGGAGCAAGCCUGGAGAACCUCUCGAACGAUGCUUGCGGUGCUCAAGACAAUGCUUCUUCAUCUAAUAAAUCAUGGAUGCCACCAAAGUGUUUCUGGAGGUCCAUCAGACCAGAGAUGCCGGUUCUAAAUGGGAACGUUCCUGUGGGGAAAGAUGGACCAAAUGGAGGAACCUCUGGCCACAAAAUGGGCCACAAGUUUUCAAGGGAACUGCAAAGGUCUGAUAGCCUGGAGAGUCACCUACGCAGGUAUAAUCACGGUGAGGUGGGACAGUGUGGACUCUGGCGGGCUGACAGCUUGGAGAGCAUGUGCAGCAGUGGAAGCUCGCUGUCCCUGGCCGAGAGGGUCGAGAUGAACCGCGGCCUUCUCAAACAGAUGCUGCAGAAAACCCAGAACAAAGACAAAGAACAUGUGCCAGGACAGAGGAUAGAGGACCCCACGCACAUUGGCGGUAGAGGUAUCUGUGGCUUGAAUGACAGUGAUUGGGAUUCUGGGAUUUCACUCCAAGGUAGUGAACACAGCCAAAGGGCCUUUGUGUUGGGCGACGACCUUCCGCUGAGCCCUCGCCACGAGCAGGCCAAACGACUGCUGGAAAGAGCGCGUAUGAAGGCCCGGUCCAACCCUCUCAAAGCCGACCACACCAUCCUACCCGUCCAGAGGGACAACCUGGAGCUGUUGUCCUGGGUUGGUGUACCCUUACACCAGGCUCCUCUUUCGGGGAAGGAAGGCGUGGCGGUGGUCUCCGGAAACCUUAGCGACUCAUCUAGUGGUGACUCGGUGGGCGGAACCCGGCGGAGACACGGCCAGUCCCCUACCCGUGUGCGUUUCGAAGACGAAUCGGAGAAGGACGCUGAGGUGCGCUAUCUGGAGCGGCUACGCCAGCGGCGCAGGGCUGGAGAAAGAGCGCAGGGGCUCCUGGUGUCCAAACCCAACUUGUCGUCUUACAUCAAUGGACAGGCAGAGACGGGACAUGGUUCAAGUGAUCCAAUAUUCUGGAAGACAAAAGCCAAGAAGAGUUUGUUGAAUGGCAAAAGUCCUGAGACAGCAAACAGGCAGUGCAACUCUUGUGGGACCUUUCUAAAUGACCCCCAUGGGCCUAGCUUAAACUCAAAUAAUCUGUCCUUACCUAAUGGGGAAGUUGAAGGGAAGAAGAUACCAUGUUGGGUCGCUCCCACCCUUCCCAACCGGCUUGUUCGAAUUGAACAGAUUAAAGAGACAUACAUUGGGACGAGUCCCGCUAUUGUCCACAGUGAUGGAACGCACUGCAGUCCUGUGGAUAAAAUGAGCACUAGGGGAACAAUCCAGAAGCUAAAGAAGAAGGUCCGGAAACAAGAGAGCAAGCAGGAACCCUUGUUCGUUAACGGCCUUAAAGUUCCAACACCUCCAGACUGCAACAGUGGAACUCAAAUGUGUCUCUCGAAUGGACUAGCAUUGCCACUCAACCCCUAUGCCCUGGAUCCACUUGGACAGAGAAUCCCAGCCACAUGCAGCCCCACAUCCAGCAAGGGACCUGUGGCACCUCCAUUGCCCCCCAAAGGAGAACCAUCCAGCUCCCACUUUCCUCAGCCAACCCCUCCGCCUCUCCAACCAAAAAAAUCAGCCCUGAAAUCCAGCUCAAAGAACCGCUGUAAUGGUCAGCGGACCGUCAUACUCAUGUCUUCGCCAGAAUACCACCUGGACUCCACAGAGGCGGGGGGCGCUGUGGAGAGCUGUCCUCAGGAACAGGCUUCCUCUGGAUUGGGUUAUUGGGAGGACAGAUCUGCGAUGGUCAUCUCUGGUCCCACACUCAGGACGAGCCCAGUUCUGUGUGCUCGAAACUCACCCAUACAAGGGGAAGAAAGGCUAACAGAUGUGGACCAGCACCAGAGUACAGGACAGCUGGGAUCUGAUGCGACAUCCAGCAGUGCUGAAUCAACCCAGACUCGUCUCAGUGACGGACACGUCAGAGGGCCAAUCAGACCAGUGCAUCACAGGGCAACUAGCCCAAAUUUUUCACAAGCAGGCAUGGAUGCAGAGCAGCGAGAGGGUCGACCCAAACUCUCCUUGCGGCGGUUCUUCUCUGCCAUGGGGCUGAACAGCGUGGGGUUGCUGGGAAAAGGACGAUCCGGCAGCAUGGAUCAGCUCAGCUUGCACCCCAAACCCAACUCAAACCCAAACCAAAAUGCUCGGCCGACCUCACCCUCCACCUCCCCCAACCCCACACACAGCCAACACCACCAGCUGAAGAAAGCCCCCUCACUGCAGUCUAUACGUCUGGGGUCUCCGUUUCUCCAGUUGAGGAGAUCUUCAUCGGCUCAAAACCUCCAAAUCCCCAGAAAGCAAACAGACCGUUCCUCUGCAUACACUCCAGGAGAACAGCCCUGUAGUCCUGUAUUAACCAGGGGUCUUCAGCGUGCCUUGAGUGUAGAGGACGUGGGGCGGCCCAGUGCGGUGCGUCCGGUGGGACGCGUGGCUCAGGCCUUCCCUGAUGGCACCAUCCUGCUGGAGCUCUCCAGACCCCUCAACGGCCCCUUCGGCUUUCUCAUCUCCCGAGGGAAAGGCAGGCCAGACUCAGGGGUGUACGUUGAAGAAAUGGGGGACAGCAAUAUGGAGAAACUCUACGCGGGGCUGCUCGGGGUCGGGGACGAGAUAUUAGAAGUGAACGGUGAGAAGGUGGCGGGACUCAGUCUGGACCUGGUGACACGUUUAAUGACUCAAAACAGCACAGCUUCAAUCCGUGUACUACGACGUAGAUGCUUACAGCGCUAACUGAAUUCAAGACUGUACCAGAACCACGUUUUGUUCCAGUCAGCAUAAAUGAAAACUGUAAAAAAAAAAAAAGCAUCAGAAAUAAAGUCAGGGAUGAGUUAGUGAAAACGGCAGUAUUACGUUUUACUGACCUUUGGAGUUUUAUCACAAUGAUCACACAAUGGUCCAUAUUAAAGGGAUAGUCACCAAAAAUGUCAUUUUUUUGGGUGAAUUCAUCCUUGAAGCCACUGUUAUGGCUAAAGGCCUGUUCACACCAAAAACAAUAACAGCUGAUGAAUGACAAAAAACAUUGGCAGCCAAUCAGAGUUAAUUCUGCUUUAAACAGUUCCAGCAUUUAAAGAGGCAGAUGACAAAACUGCAGUGCUUGUUUUAAACAGAUUUGUUAUUGCACGUUGCUGUGGAUCCUAAUUUAGUUCUGUCAUGACAACUUUCAGAGAGUUUAGCAUGGUAAUAUACAUGAAAAUGUUAAUGUGUUUAGUCUUGGCGGAAUGGAUCUGCUAUGCUACUGCUGUGACGGAGCGAGUACAGAGACUUGCUACUGCCAAUACAUCCACAGAUGUGCUGCUGUGAGCAUGUAGGAAAUACUGCUGCUGCACAUAUAUAAAACAACCCCAUACAUAAUAACAUACAUGAAAUUACCCUAUACAGAGCUAUACAGGUGGAGCUGGGGAAGGGGGAGGGUUUCUGAAGCGUUCAAAGAAACCAAUCAGCUGCGACAUGUGAAUAAUCAUGUGAUUAUAUCUUAGAACCUACCGGCCUGCGCCAUCUGGAGUUUCAUGACAGAACUUUGCAUUUAUCAUUACAGUUAAUGCUGUAGUUACUGUUUUUGGUGUGAAUGGGACUUAGUUUACAGUGGUACCUUGAAAAAAAAUACGCUAAUGAAGGUGUGGUCACAUUAGCAAACUUUCAGUGAAAAACAGGCACACUGUCCAUUGUAAAUAGUGUAGAAAUGAAGCCCCGCUCCAACAGAAAUCACUUUCAAACCAAUCAACUUUCUGUUGGUCUGUGUGGAGAUUUGCAUGACCAACUUGAAGAUGACCCAAAUCUAUGUGGGAACUUUUUUUUCGUGCACGGUCCAAUUGAAAUGACUGGCAAACAGCAUUAAAUGUGACCACACCCUGAGUCACAUUCAAUUUUUUUUUUUUGCCAGAAUGGUACUACCGCUACAACACAAUAUUAUUAUUGUAGUACAGUCUGCAGUGUGUAUGAAGGACAAGGAUAUUUCAUGUACUGAAUGUUAAACUCAAGUGUUAUUGCAAUGAAGGAUAGUGUAAAUGUGUUUGCUAAAAAGACCAAUGAACAAAAAUGUUUAUCUAUCUUCUGAACAUUUUGUUUCAUCCAAAUCCUCUGCUGUUUUUGUAUUCGGUUUCAUGCUGCUGACAAGUAAACAGAUCUAUAUUGUACACGGUCAGGCUGAGUGCACACGCUGCAGUCGCAUUGAUCAUCAGCUCUAAAUGCUCUUUAGUAAACUGAUUGGAUAUUUCUCCAUGAGCCAGCACAUUGUUCUGCCUCUACAGUGCAGUCCGACACUAUUAGCGUGCUGUCUUGAAGGAUAUCAGUAUUACGGUACGUGCAACGCAAAAAGCUACCAACCUAAUGUAUUUUGUUACAUUUAUUUAUAUGUGUUACUAUGUAAUAAAACAACUGGCUUUUGA